GGCUUCUCUCUGCCGCGAAGGACGCGCCAUCUUGUAGAGCGGCCAUCAUGCGAAAGCCGGAAUAGCCGGAUUCCUUCCUUCUGUUCCAACUCGCGUGGGGGACUCGCGAUGGGCGCGUACAAGUAUAUGCAGGAGCUGUAUCGCAAGAAGCAGAGCGAUGUGCUCCGCUUCUUGCUGCGCGUCAGAUGCUGGCAGUACCGCCAGUUGACCAAGAUGCACCGUGCGCCUAGGCCGUCCAGACCAGACAAGGCCCGUCGUUUGGGCUACAAGGCCAAGCAAGGCUUUGUUGUCUUCAGAAUCCGCGUACGCCGCGGUGGACGCAAGCGUCCGGUCCCUAAGGGCGCGACCUACGGCAAGCCCAAGAGCCACGGUGUCAACCAGUUGAAACCGACUAGGAAGCUGCAGUCAGUCGCCGAGGAGCGCGUCGGCCGUCGUUGCGGUGGACUGCGAGUGCUCAACAGUUACUGGGUAGCCCAGGACUCUUCGUACAAAUACUAUGAAGUGAUUCUGGUCGACCCUGCCCACAAGGCAAUCCGCAACGAUCCUAAAGUAAAUUGGAUAUGCAACGCGGUGCAAAAGCACCGUGAGCUCCGUGGCAAGACCUCCGCCGGCAGAAGCUCUCGCGGUUUAGGUAAAGGACAUCGCUAUUCGCAAACGAUCGGUGGCUCGCGCAGCGCGGCCUGGAAGAGACGAAACACGCUUUCUCUCCGUAGGAAGCGAUAAUUAUUUUGUUUGUAACCUCCGCGACGCAAGAUACAUCAUUUUAUUGCUGCGCGUUACGUUGUAUCAAUAUCGUGGCGUAUCCUGUAUAAAAAAUAAAUAUCUCUUUCCUAAAGCUCGGAAAA